UAUUGACAAAACUUUGUCUGUGGUUUUGUGGCUCUCUAGUUUCAUGACCACAAGCAACUCUUCUAAGUGAAUGAUUAAGCGGUCGAGAGGAUAAGCUGUUCAUCAAUGGCGUCUCUCGUCAGCCCUUCUGUUUCGAUUGAUCCGCAGCCAAAGUGUUCGAAGUUUGCUUGCGUAAACGUAUCUGCAAAGACAUAUUUCGAGAUUGGGAAGAACGUCCUGAGAAAAGGAAGAAGAUUCAAUGGGGGAUGUGGGUUGAGGACGAAAGCUCAGGGAUCUGUUGAAGGGGCUGUGGUAGAGAACAAAACUGAUCGGCUCGAGUACGGUGUUGUGGGAGUUCAUCACGUUGGAUUGCUCUGUGAAAAUCUCGAACGAUCUCUCGAGUUUUACCAGAACAUUCUCGGUCUUGAGAUAAACGAGGAAAGACCAGAUGAGAAGCUUCCGUACAGAGGGGCCUGGUUAUGGAUUGGUUCGGAGAUGAUUCAUCUAAUGGAGCUUCCGAAUCCGGACCCGUUGACCGGUCGUCCCGACCAUGGUGGCAGGGACCGUCAUGCUUGCAUCGCGAUCCGUGAUGUGUCCAGGCUGAAAGAGAUUCUCGACAGAGCUGGGAUUCCGUACACAAUGAGCCGGUCGGGAAGGCCAGCAUUGUUCACAAGAGAUCCAGACUCAAAUGCCCUCGAGUUUACCCAAGUUUGAUGAUCCCUCAAGCUACAAGCAUGUGUAUAUAUAUGCUUGAAGCUAUCUAUGUAUUAUAUGUAUAUAUGUUUGUAUGUAUACACCAUUGAUUUCCUUGGAUGCUUUAACUGUGUUUAGGUAAAACGAAAUAUUUGCCAAAAUAUAGAUACGGAAAGAAUGUAUCCCAACACACACAAUGAAUCACGUACAGGAGGGGAUCGGGUUGAAUAACCGAAAAUAUUAUUUGGAUUUGUAUGCGAAAUUAUUUUAUUUUAA